GCCCCGCCGCCAGGUGACAGCUCUCGGCCGCCGCCGGGGCCCGAGCGGGCCGCGCUGAGGCGGCAGGGCCGGGCCGCGCCGCGCCGGGCCGGGCCGGGGGGCCGCGCCGCGGAGGGGGCGGGAGUCCGCCAUCCCGGCGGCGCAGCGAGUCCCGCCGGCGGCCGGCAACAUGGAGCGGGCGGCGGCGGCGGCGGCUGGGCCGGCGGUGGAGGGCGGCGGCGUGAGCCGGCGAGCCGUGCGGGCGGGGGCCGCCGCGGCGGCGGGAACGGGGUCGCGGCAGGCCAGCACGGAGACGCUGGACAGCCCGACUGGAUCCCAUGUGGAAUGGUGUAAACAGCUGAUAGCUGCAACCAUUUCUAGUCAGAUUUCAGGGUCUGUCCCAUCAGAAGGUGUGUCCAGAGACUACAGGGUGUACAGGAGGCCUGUUAUACGGGAGAUUCAGGAUGGACACAAUGGCUAUCAUUCUGAAGCAGAACCUGAUCAGGCACUGCGGGAUGGAAACAAACUAGCACAGAUGGAAGAGGCUCCACUUUUUCCUGGAGAAUCAAUCAAAGUUAUUGCUAAAGAUGUUAUGUAUAUCUGUCCAUUUAUGGGAGCAGUCAGUGGUACACUAACAGUGACGGACUUCAGAAUGUAUAUCAAAAGUGUUGAAAGGGAUCCACCUUUUGUUGUUGAUGUUCCCCUUGGAGUCAUAAGUAGAGUUGAAAAAAUUGGAGUACAGAGCCAUGGAGACAACUCAUGUGGUAUAGAAAUAGUUUGCAAGGAUAUGAGAAAUUUGCGGCUGGCCUAUAAACAGGAAGAGCAGAACAGAUUGGAGAUUUUUGAAAAUCUUGUAACACGUGCAUUUCCUGUUUCUAAUGGGCUGCCUCUUUUUGCAUUCAGCUAUAAAGAAAAGUUUGCUGUUAAUGGCUGGAAAGUGUAUGAUCCAAUGGCAGAAUAUAAGAGGCAGGGCUUGCCCAAUGAGAGUUGGAAAAUAUCCAAAAUUAACAGCAGCUAUGAGCUUUGUGAUACAUAUCCUGCUGUUCUUGUUGUGCCAACCAGCGUGAAGGAUGAUGACCUCUCAAAAGUGGCAGCAUUUAGAGCAAAAGGCAGAGUUCCAGUGUUAUCCUGGAUUCAUCCUGAGAGCCAAGCAACGAUAACACGAUGCAGUCAGCCAUCUGUAGGCCCAAAUGAUAAGCGUUGCAAAGAAGAUGAAAAAUAUUUGCAGACAAUAAUGGAUGCCAAUGCUCAGUCACAUAAACUUAUCAUCUUUGAUGCCAGACAGAAUAGUGUUGCAGAUACAAACAAGGCAAAAGGUGGAGGGUAUGAAAGUGAAAGUGCCUACCCAAAUGCAGAGCUGGUAUUUCUGGAAAUUCAUAAUAUACACGUAAUGAGAGAAUCCCUGCGUAAACUUAAAGAAAUAGUUUAUCCUACUAUUGAUGAGACUCGGUGGUUAUCAAAUGUGGACUCCACGCAUUGGCUGGAAUAUAUAAGGAUGCUUCUUGCCGGAGCAGUAAGAAUUGCAGAUAAAAUUGAAUCUGGUAAAACAUCUGUAGUUGUACAUUGCAGUGAUGGUUGGGAUCGAACUGCACAGCUUACUGCACUAGCUAUGCUUAUGCUGGACAGCUAUUACAGAACUGUCAAGGGAUUUGAAGUUCUUAUAGAGAAGGAAUGGAUAAGUUUUGGACACCGGUUUGCAAUGCGAGUAGGACAUGGAGAUGAUGAUCAUGCUGAUGCAGACAGAUCUCCCAUUUUCCUUCAGUUCAUUGACUGUGUUUGGCAAAUGACAAAGCAGUUUCCUGCAGCCUUUGAAUUCAACGAGUUAUUUUUGAUCACCAUUCUGGAUCACCUUUACAGUUGUCUCUUUGGGACUUUCUUGUGCAACUGUGAAAAAGAGAAAUUAAAAGAGGAGGUAAGCACAAAGACCAUAUCGCUGUGGUCGUAUAUAAACAGCCAGAUAGAUGAGUUCACAAAUCCUUUCUACGUAAACUAUGAAAACCAUGUCCUGUAUCCUGUUGCCAGUCUGAACCAUUUGGAACUAUGGGUGAACUACUACGUCAGAUGGAACCCAAGGAUGCGGCCUCAGGUUCCAAUCCAUCAAAAUCUUAAAGAGCUCCUUGCCAUCCGGACGGAGCUUCAGAAGAAGGUUGAAGAUUUGCAGCGGGAAGCUGCUACACGAUCUAUUUCUUCCUCCUCUGAUAGAGGUUCAUCUCCUUCCCAUUCAGCCACGCCGGUGCACACCUCUGUGUGAUGUGUAACAAAAGCCAUGUGAAAAAAUUUGUCAGGUAAUACAGAGAGGAGGGUGAAAUGCUUUUCCCAUCACAAAAAGAUUGUGAGUGACUUGUAAUUGCUAUGAUCUACAUGCCUUACUCUGUGUCUGAUAUUAUCAUGAUGAGGCCAAAAAGAGCUUCAAUAGAUGUGAUGUAUUUUCUUGUUGGCAGUUCCCACAUGUGUUUUGACAUCUCUAGAUAAAUCACCAAUUGUGAAAUUAAACUUUGUUUUGAGCAACUAACAAUUUAACCAUCCUAAAAAGGAAUCCAUCUGCCAAGCAGACAGAAAAAUGCCUCUCACGCUGCCUAGGGUACCAUGCCUGGUUGGGAGAAUCAGAUGAAAUGCCACAUGAUGCUUACACAGAACGUUUUUCUGAAUGGGAGCUCCUUAUUUCACUCAGUAAUAUAUAUAUAUAUUUUUUUUUGGCUAGAGCAAUUUAUUUUUUUUAGGUAAUUAAUGCACUUGGAAAUUGAUUUUAAAAUAAAUGUUUUCCAGUGUAGUCGGUUUUACAUUUCGACGAAAUAUGCCAUUAAAAGUGGAUGAAGUUAAGCUGGAUUUAUCAAGUACACCACACUGACUUGUAUGAUGUAAUAUAUUUGGUAAAGCAUGUAUUUUAGGUUUUUUAAUGCCUUUUGUACAAGUUGAAAUAAAGUCUUUUGACUGUUUAGCUUAUUGUUCAGUUUCAGCCUCCUGAGUGAGGGGUAAACUUACUCAUGUCAAGGUCUUGUACAAAGUAAAAGUUUGUUUUCUAGCAAAUGGUAAUAUUUGGGGUUGGAAUGACACCCAGCUGUGUAAAUUGUAUAGUCUGUAUAGCUCCACAUUUUGUUAAGCCUGUUUUGUUUUAAAGUGUGCACACAAAAUGCAAAGCUGUGUCCAUUUAUACACAUGUGUAUGUGAUGAUGUUAAACAUAUGCAUACUCCCGUGGUUUUAAGCUGUAAGUUCAGAAAAUGGAUCCUGCCUGUCCAAACUCUUUUGAAGACCUUAACUUGUAAUGACUUUGUUUGACAAAGUUUUUAAAUAAUAUGAUCUUAAUUGGUUUCUUGAAAUAAAGCCUCUUGGCUUUUUGUUUUUUAAA